AUGAAGCUGCUGUUUGCUGCAUUAACAGCAGCAUUACUAUGCUGCAUAGCGAACGCAGCGUCGACAAAUUCCAAAACCCAGGAUUUAGAGUGCAUGUUUCUUGGCUAUCCCGAAUUGGAGUAUGACGGUUUCGAUAGAACCGAGGUUUUAACAGAACGAAAUUUCAAUAAAACAGUUUUUGCCGAAGAUGCGAAAUCAAUUGUAUUUUUCAAUGAUGUUGAAGAAGAUGAUCCCGAACUUGAUCAAUACGAAUGCUUUUUACAGCUUUCCGCACAAAUAAUGACCAAACGAGGAUAUAACUUCUUCACCGUUAACACAACGAAGGAAGCCAAAUUACGAAAACAGGAAGGUGUCGAUAAAGGAGAAGAUACAAUUCAUGUUUAUAAGGAUGGAUAUAAGAUUGAAUAUUACGGUGUCAGGGAUCCAGAUGUUUUUGUUUCAUGGCUUAUGGAUAUUCCUGAUGAUCCAGUAAUAAUUAUUAAUGAUGAAUACGACAAACGAGAAUUUGAAGAGCUAGAGGAUGCUGCAGUUCGGGUAAUCGGAUACUUUGAGCCUGGAAGUGCAGGCCUGAAAGAGUUUGAAGAAGCCGCUGAAGAUUUUAUGGGCGAAAUUAAGUUCUACGCUGUUGUCAACUCAUAUUGGGCACGUAAAAUGGGACUGAAACGAGUUGGUGAAGUGCAGAUGCAUCGACCAUUCGAGGAUGACCCGAUCUAUGCACCAACAUCAGUGGAUACCGAAGAUGAAUUUGAAGACUGGGUUGAAAAGCACAAAGAACCAGUAAUGCAAAAGUUGACCAGGGAGAACUACUACAACGUUUGGAAAGAUGCCGAAGAGGACGAAAAAUUGGUUGUCGCAUUCUGUGAUGAAGAAACUCGAUCUGGACGUACGAUGUUCCAUCUGCUGGAAAAAUUGGCUGACGAAAACAGCGAACAUGCCGGCACUUUAGAAAUUGUGCUUAUUGAUCCAGAUGAAUUUCCACUGAUGGUAGACGUCUGGGAAGAUAUGUUUGGUAUCGACAUUGAAGAAGGACCUCAGCUUGGCUUAAUUGAUAUUUCUGAGAAAGAAGGAAUAUGGUUUGAUAUGUCGCAAUUAAACCUCGACGAUCCGAAAAAGCAUCGUGAGAGCAAUUUUGAAGUUCUACAGACUUGGAUUGAUCAGAUAAUGAAUGGCAAUAUUUCGUUAGAAGAUGAAGAAGAGGAAGAACCCGAACCAACGACUCCGCCACCACCACCACCGUCACGAGGACGAAAAGGCAAAAAAGAGCUGUAG